AUGGAUCCCUUGUUUUGGCCAUCAGAAACUAACAGAUUUCGACGAUUCACCCCUGAAUCCUUGGCAGCAAUUGAGGAAAGGAUUGCCAACAAAAAAAAGAAGCAAGUCAAAGUUAAAGAGAAGAAUAAGGAGCAAGGAGCUGAAGAAGAUAAAAUUACUCCUCAGCUGGACCUGAAAAUUUUCAAAACGUUGCCAUCUCUGUAUGGGGACAUUCCUGAAGAGCUGGUUGGGGAACCCCUGGAGGAUUUUGAUCCAUACUACAGUGAUCACAAGACUUUUAUGGUGUUAAAUAAAAGGAGGACUAUUUUCCGGUUUAGUGCCACACCUGCCUUGUUUAUAUUUGAUCCUUUUAAUCCUGUCAGAAAAAAAGCAAUUAAAAUUCUGAUCCAUUCAGUGUUUCUUGGCAUUAUUACAUUUACUGUGUUACUCAAUUGUAUGGCUAUGACUAUCCCUCACCUUCUUGCAGAAGUCUACUGGACUGAGCAUGUUUUCACUUUUAUAUAUACCAUUGAAAUAUUGAUUAAAGUAGUAGCAAGAGGAUUUGUUUGGAGUGAAUUUACUUUUCUUCGAGAUCCAUGGAACUGCUUGGAUUUUUUUAUCAUUAUUGUAAUGUACAUUACUGCAUUUCAUAGUGUUGGCAAUGUUUCAAUUCUUCGAACUUUCAGAGUACUGAGGACUUUGAAAGCUAUUUCAGUAAUACCAGGUCUAAAAGUCAUUGUUAAUUCACUUGUUGAGUCUGUUAAGAAGCUCUUGGAUGUGCUGAUCCUGACUGUAUUUUGCUUGAGUGUAUUUGCACUAAUAGGCCUCCAGCUUUUUAUUGGCAAUUUACAAGCCAAAUGUGUCCUCAAUGUAACUCAUUACGACGACUCAUUAUGUAAGGAUCCCAAGAUACAUCUACCAAGUGAUACAGGUAAAUGUUUUUAUUUUCUCCCUUUACAUAACCUGUAUCUCUGCUACAGAUUGGAAGACUCUUCUGAAAUAUUGCUGUGUGGGUACAGUGCAGAUCCCAGAAAGGGGUGUCCAGAAAACUACACCUGUGAGAAGAUUGGGAACAAUCCUGACUUUGGUUAUACAAGUUUUGACCAUUUUGGCUGGGCUUUCCUCUCUGUGUUCCGUCUGAUGACCCAGGACUACUGGGAGCGUCUCUACAGACAAACCAUCCGUACAUCUGGAAUGUCCUGCAUCUUUUUUUUUAUGGCAGUCAUCUUCUUCUGCUCAUUUUAUCUCUUCAAUCUGAUCUUGGCUGUGGUAACUAUGGCAUAUGAAGAGGAAAACAGAGCUACCCGUGCUGAGACAGAGGCAAAGGAAAAACUGCUUCAGGAUGCCAGACAAGUUAUAGAGAAGGAACAGAUGUUGGCUAUGGAAGAAAGCAGUAAGGCCUUGCAUGCUGGGCCUGAAAUGUCAGUUGCUGACUUGAAAAAUUCAGAAGGAAAAGAGAGUAAUAAAGGAACACCUACUUCAAGGCAAAGCUUAAUUUCAGAUAGCCAGGAAAAGGAGGAGCAAAUAUUUCGUUCUCAGCCUGAUCGCUGCCACAAGAAGCUUAGGCAGAUCCUGCUGUCCUAUGAGGUCUCAGUGGAUGCUAUCAAUGAUCCUGUCCGAAGGCAGAGGUUAAUGAGUGCAGCCACAAUUCUUACAGAUAAUUCAAAAUCAAAACUAAACUGUCCUACAUUUUGGAAAAAUUUCCCUCAAAAGUAUCUAAUUUGGAAUUGUUGUCCAUUCUGGAGAGCAGUCAAAAAGAAGAUGAAAUUGGUAAUUUUGAAUCCAUUUGUUGAUCUCUUAAUCAUGGUUUGCAUUAUCUUGAAUACCUUGUUCCUGGCUAUGGAGUACCCUGGCAUGCAACCACAUUACCAAGAACUGAUUUCUCUAAGUGACAAGGUCUUCACCCUGAUUUUUACUGUAGAAAUGAUCUUGAAAAUCAUUGCUCUAGAUCCUUACUACUAUUUCCAGGACAAGUGGAAUGUUUUUGAUAGUGUGGUAGUUUUGAUUGGCCUAGCGAGCUUUGGAACAAAUCUGUCUCCUUUCAGGCUGCUCAGGAUCUUCAAAUUGGCAAAGUCCUGGCCAGCCUUAAAUACUCUUAUGAAAAUAAUUCUACACUCAUUUGGUGCACUGAGUAACCUCACUCUGGUUUUGGCGAUCACUAUAUUUAUUUUUGCUGUAGUAGGAAUGCAGAUUUUGGGCAAUGAUUAUCACUUAAACUCUGAAAAAAUAAACCCCCAUGGCGAAUUACGCUGGCAUAUGAUAGAUUUUAGUCAUUCAAUCCUCAUUAUAUUCCGAAUAUUAUGUGGAGAAUGGAUUGAAACUAUGUGGGAAUGCAUGGAAGUGGCUGGAAAAAGGAAAUGUCUCAUCAUUUUCUUGCUUGUCCUGGUGUUAGGAAAUCUGGUGGUGCUCAACCUGUUCAUUGCUUUGCUGCUGAGUUCAUUCAACCUUGAUGGCACAGAGGGACAAGAGGAGCCUGGAGAAGGGUCUAAAUACCAGAUUGCCAUUGCACAGAUUCACAAGAGCCUGAAGGCUGUGAAAGACAGAAUUUGGGAUCACUGCUGCAAAAGAAUGAGGGGAAGCCUCAGAAGAACAGAUAAAAAGAAGACUUUGGCAGAAGUUUCUGGGAAGGGCAUAGAGGUUACUAAUUAUGCCAUGACAGAUGUCAGGAAAUACAUAGACAAGGGCUCCUUUGAUGUAGAGCAUUGCCAUAUGGAUGAGAGUUCCUCACUGGCAAGGAAAUAUGAAGAAAUUUUGACCAGCCACAGUACCUGUGUUCCCAUUGCAGCUGCAGAGGCUUACACCAACGAAGGUGAUGAUGGGCACCAAAUAAAUUCUUUUCUUACUCCUUCUCCUCUGCAGAAAUAUCAUUCUGUUCGUAGCUUUUCUGAAGCCAGCACUGUGGAUCCAGUUGUUCUUCUGGAAAUGUUUUCCCAGACUAAAAACUCACAGCUGCCUAAGGACUGCUUUCUAGAAGGUUGUGUUGAGUGUUUCCCAUGCUGUGUAGUGGAUAUCACAAAAUUUCCAGGCAAAACUUGGUGGAACUUUAGAAAAACCUGCUACAGAAUUGUGAACCAUAGCGGGUUUGAAUAUUUUAUGGUUUUUAUGAUUGUAUUGAGCAGUGCAGCACUGGCAUUUGAAGAUGUUCACCUGCAGAAGAGGGAAAAAGUGAAAAUUAUACUAGAUUAUGCUGAUAUCAUAUUUACCUACACCUUUUUUAUGGAGAUGAUUCUGAAAUGGGUAGCUUUUGGUUUGCACAGUUAUUUCACAAAUUCUUGGUGUUUGCUUGACUUCAUCAUUGUGUGUGUAAGUAUUAUACUCAGCUUGUCAUACAUUUAAAUUUUUGAUGUUUUGUAUAUAGAGAACUACCCUCUGAAAUCUCUCAGGACUUUUAGGGCACUGCGGCCUCUACGAGCUUUGUCAAGAUUUGAAGGGAUAAAGGUUGUUGUGAAUGCACUCUUUGGAGCCAUCCCCUCCAUCUUCAAUGUUCUGCUCGUCUGCGUUUUCUUUUGGCUCCUUUUUAAUGUUCUAGGAGUAAAAUGGCUUGGAAGCAGAUUUUGGAAGUGCACACUCAAAAAGGAAUGUACUGAUUCCAUUUCUGGCAAAACAGAUUGUAUCGCCAAAAAUGGGACAUGGACAAAUAGUGUUGUAAAUUUUGACAAUGUUGGCAUGGGAUACUUGGCUCUUCUCCAAGUGGCAACUUUUAAAGGUUGGAUGGAUAUUAUGUAUGCAGCAGUGGAUUCACGUGAGAUUGAUGAAGAGCCACAGUUUGAAGCACGCUUACGCAUGUAUGCAUUCUUUGUGGUUUUCAUUAUUUUUGGAUCUUUCUUCAUGCUGAACCUUUUCAUUGGAGUGGUUAUCAGCAAUUUUAACCAGCAAAGGAAAAAGAUAAGUGGGAAAGAUCUAUUUUUGACUGAGGAACAGAAAAAGUACUAUAAUGCUCUAAAAAAACUUGGAUCCAAGAAACCCCAAAAACCCAUCCCAAGACCAUCGAAUGCAUUCCUGGGAUUGAUGUUUGACAUCGUAUCUCACAAAGCUUUUGACAUCACCAUUGUGAUUUUCAUCUGUCUAAAUAUGGUCGUUAUGAUGGCAGAAAACAACGACAGAGCCACCAAGGAGGUUCUGAAUAAAAUCAACUAUUUUUUUGUGGCUGUAUUCACCGCAGAAUGUGUCAUAAAAAUACUGGCCUUAAGGCACUACUACUUUGGAAGUGGCUGGAACGUGUUUGAUUUCAGUGUUGUGAUCCUUUCAAUAGUGAGUCUUGGAGUUUCUGAAGUGUUUAAAUCUUUCUUCUCCCCUACGGUUUUGAGAACUCUUCGUUUGGCGCGGGUUGGCCGAAUCCUGAGAAUAGUUCGCAAAGCCAAAGGAAUUCGAACUCUUCUUUUUGCACUGCUGAUGUCUCUUCCUGCACUGGUCAACAUUGGCCUUUUGCUUUUCCUGAUUAUGUUCAUUUAUGCCAUCGUGGGCAUGGCAAACUUUGCCUGUAUCCCCUUGCAGGGUGGGAUUGAUGAUAUUUUCAACUUCCAAACAUUUUGUGGUAGCAUUCUCUGCCUCUUCCAAAUUACCACAUCAGCUGGCUGGGAUGGUCUUCUGGCCCCUGUGCUAAAAGCAUCUGAUUUAUGUGCUCACCAAUUAAAUGUCACAGAGCCAAACAAAAAUAAUUGCGUAAAUAAGGGCUUUGGUAUUUUAUAUUUUGUAAGCUAUGUCAUUAUAUCAUUUCUCAUUGUUGUAAAUAUGUACAUAGCUGUCAUUUUAGAGAACUUCAGUGUCGCCACUGAGGAAAGCGCAGAUCCUCUUUGUGAGGAUGACUUUGAUAUGUUUUAUGAGACAUGGGGAAAAUUUGACCCUCUGGCAACGCAGUUCAUAGAUUAUUCUGCUCUUUCAGACUUUGCAGAUGCACUGGCAGAGCCCUUGCGUAUCCCAAAGCCUAAUAAAAUCCAGCUCAUAGCCAUGGACAUCCCUAUAGUUAGUGGAGAUAGGAUCCACUGCUUGGAUAUCUUGCUGGCUUUCACUAAAAGGGUCUUGGGAGAAUCUGGAGAUCUGGAGAGUCUUGAAUUAAACAUGGAAGAAAAGAUUGCAGCUGACAGUCCACCUAAAAGUUGUUACAGCCCAAUUUCUUCUACCCUUAGAAGAAAACAAGAGGAAGUGUCAGCUCUUGUUAUUCAAAGGGCCUUCAGGAGGUAUUUGAAACAACGUUCUCUUGAAAGUAUGUCCUUAAACCAUUGUAAACAUAACAGUGCUGUCUUUGAACAAGAAAUACAGGACAAGCAAAGUCUUCUUGAAUCAGUCCUUAAUGAAAAUCAUGGUAGAAAGGCAGAUAAAUUACGUCCUACUUCUUCCAUAUCCCUCCCUUUAUUUUAUGAUGGUGUUGCUGAGACACACAGGAAUAGGCUUAACACAUGA